AUGUCUGUUGCUGUUGAGCAACAUCAGCAGCAUCCUGAAGAACUCAGAAAGUGUGAAAGACAUCAGGAGGACCAGAAGCUCUUCUGUAUGAAUGACCAGAUCUUUCUCUGUACAUCCUGUUCAAAAUCCCAGGAGCAUGAAGCUCAUAAAAUCUGUCCUUUAGAAGAGGCUGCUGAGGACUACAGGAAAAGACUACAAGAUAAUCUGAAAUGUUUAGAUGAGAACUUGAAAGAUGUCAAGAAGCUAAUACUUGAGGAGAAGAUGGUACCUCGGACCUGGGCUGUAGUGUGGACAGAACAAGUGGAUAUGUCAAGAGAAGUACUUGAGGAAAAAUUUCAGGAAAUAAGUGAAUUUCUGAGUGAUGAAGAAGAGGAUGUACAUAGUCUUGUGGAGCUGGAUGAGGAGGAAAGUGAGAUGUUCGAGAAACUGAAGGAUCAUGAAGCCCAGGAAGAAAUAAAAAACUUCCAGAAAAAGAAUAGGAGCAGGUUCCAAAUGUCCCGACAUAGCAAAGACCUAAGGGAGAUGGUGACAGCAUUGGAAGAAAAGUCUCAGAUGUCAGAUGGGGACCUGCUGCAGGACAUAGGAGACAUUUUGAGCAGGAUUGAGUCACUGCUGCUACAAAGGCCAGAACCUUUCACCCCAAAACUGAGCAAUUCUUAUUGCAUGAGUUUAAACAAAUUCCUCAAGAAAUUUCGAGGGUCUCGACUUCUGGCAUGUCACUAUCCAUAUGAAUUAUCUGAUGAUAGGAAGAGGACUUUCACAUUUGCUAAUAUCUCCUCAGGACAGACUUAUGUUGUUUACACUUCUGGAAGUAUCCACUACAUGAGUGGAAGAGAAUUAUCUAUUAUACCAUUAGACAUGGAUACAAUUUCUGAAGAGAAACAAGUGCCACCCAUCUUUGUCUGUUAUUGUUUGCCUAUAGAAAGGAACAUCUUACCUGCUGAUCUCCUUGAGUCCCAGUAG